AUGACGAUUCUGCGAUUAAUCAUAUUUGCUAUGGUGACAGGGCAUGUAGGGGGAGAGACGAGGAUCAUCAAGGGGUACGAGUGUCCUCCUCAUUCCCAGCCCUGGCAGGUGGCUCUGUUCCAGAAGACCCGUCUGCUCUGUGGGGCGACGCUCAUCGCCCCCCAAUGGCUCCUGACAGCGGCUCACUGCCUCAAGCCGUGGGUGUGGCCCUUCAUUCCUUCAGAUGCAUUUAUGUCCCCCCCACCCCGCAUCUCUCCCUACCCUUCCAUCUCUGACCACCAUCUCUUCCACCUCAGCCAAUACAUAGUCCACCUGGGGGAGCACAACCUUCAGCGAUCGGAUGGCUGGGAGCAGACCCGCAUGGCCACCGAGUCCUUCCCCCACCCAGACUUCAACAACAGACUCCCCAACAAAGACCACCGCAAUGACAUCAUGCUGGUGAAGAUGGUGGCACCUGCCAUCAUCACCCGGGCUGUGCGACCCCUCAACCUGUCAUCACGCUGCGUCACCCCUGGCACCCGCUGCCUCAUCUCCGGCUGGGGCAGCACGUCCAGCCCCCAGUUGCGCCUGCCUCAUACCUUGCGAUGUGCCAACAUCAGCAUCAUCGAUCACCAGGAGUGUGAGAACGCCUACCCUGGCAACAUCACAGACACCAUGGUGUGCGCCAGUGUUCGGGAGGAGGGCAAGGACUCUUGCCAGGGUGACUCUGGAGGUCCCAUGGUCUGUAACGGGUCUCUUCAAGGCAUUAUCUCCUGGGGCCAGGACCCAUGUGCUGUCACCAGAAAGCCUGGUGUCUACACAAAGGUCUGCAAAUAUGUGGACUGGAUUAGGGAGACAAUGAAGAACAAUUAG